AUGAGUCGAUUCUCUGGACGUGCAGUGAUAGUAACCGGUUCCUCCAGUGGAAUUGGAAGAGCUGUGGCGUUGUUGUUUGCUCGAGAAGGGGCGAUGGUAACCAUAUGUGGGCGCAAUGAAGCUACACUCGAAGAGUCCAGAAGACUUAUUUACGCUGAAAAUGGUGGUCAUAACGAUAAAAUCGUUGUUGUUAGUGGGAAUAUUUGCGAUGAAGAAGUAAUGAAUAACGUAAUCCACAAAACUUUGCAAACGUUUGGCAGGUUGGAUGUUUUGGUAAAUAAUGCCGGCGGUACUUACGGAGCGAUAGAUGUACAGGGUGAGCUGGAAGGUGACCUCGAGCCAUUUGACUACACCUUUAAUCUCAACUUAAGGAGUGUGUUACGUCUCUGCCAACUUGCAUAUCCUCACCUCGUCAAAACAAAGGGUGAAAUUGUUAACGUCGGAAGCGUCGCUGGACUUCACAACGGAGCUUCUGCACCCUUUCCUUUCUACAGUAUCACAAAAGCAGCACAGGAUCAACUUACUCGCAAUCUCGCCAUCCACUACAUAAGGAAAGGAGUUCGUGUAAAUAGCGUGAAUCCCGGAUAUAUCUCCACAAGCAUCAUUCAGAAGCAAGGAUUUGCCGACGACGUGGUUAAAAAGGGUGAGGAGAAAAUGGUAUCUAAUCAUUCACGAGUACCAUAUCAAAGAACUGGAAAACCCGAAGAGGUUGCAGAAGCGGUACUAUUCCUAGCCGAUAGAGAGAAGUCAGGGUUCAUACUUGGUCAUCAACUGGUCAUUGACGGUGGAUCUUCCUUACAAAUGGCACUUAUUUCUGAUGGAUUCAAAGUUUUCGCUGAAGUGGCAGCAGACAGCAGCUCACAAUUUUAG